AAAAAACCAACAACGCUCUCAGCUUGCAGAUAAAUAAUAAAAAUUGUUUUCGGUAUAAAACCAUUUGUAAAGCAAGUCCCAUUGACAGUCGUAAGACCAAAGUGGUCACGAAAGAUUCUUUAAUUUUUUUUAAAUUUAGUUUAAUCAAGUGUUUCGACCAUAAUCAUGAGGUCGUUAACAAUUUUGACUAUUUUUGUGACACUUAAUGUAGUCAUCUGUGAGCCAACAUUCUUUAAAAAGCACGACAGCCAACCGAAAGGUGUCUGGAAAAAGAAGUUGGUGUGGAAAGAUGAUUGGGUUAAAGACUAUAAAGUAGUGAAACAGGCAAGUAUUGAAAUAAAUUUUUACCCGAACAAAAGUGCAUUGUACGAAAAAUUAAGUGACGAUGUUAAAGGAAUUGUUUUUGUUGUUAAAAGCCUCAAAGUGCAUGUCAUUGUUUUACUGACACAUUUUUUUGAAAUAUGGAAAACUGAACAUAAACAUGUGUCGGUACCCGUUUGGAAAAAAGUUGAAGUUCCCAUCACCGUAGAUGUCAAAGUUCCUGAAUGGAAGACCAUUAAGAAGCCUGUUUGGAUUGAAAAAGAAGUUCCGGCAUGGAAGGAGGAAAAGGUCGCUGAUUGGAAAAAGAUUCAAAAGCCUAUUUGGAAGGAAGUCCAAGUGCCUUAUUGGAAAGAGGUGCAAGUUCCAUAUUGGACUGAAGUUAAGGUACCAAUUUGGACGCAAGUCGACGUUCCAGUCUGGAAAGAAGUGAAAGUACCAAUUUGGCGUGAAGUCAAAAAAGAAAUUUGGCGUGAGGUGAAAGUGCCCAUAUGGCGAGAAGUUAAGAAGCCAAUUUGGAAAGAAGUCCAAGUACCGUACUGGAAAGAUAUCCAAGUUGAAGAUUGGAAACAAAUUUGGGUGCCAGCAGUCAUCAAAGAAGGAAUUCCUGGUGAAAAAUAUCUCGGUAAAGACGAACAUGGCAACGAGUACACCGCCCAUGAUGUUUGGCGCAAAAAGAUGAUCUGGAAACCAAAAUGGCAAAAAGUGUGGAAAACAAAGCAAGUUCAAGCUUAUAAAACUGAGAAAGUUCAAGACUUUAAGAUUGAAAAGGUCCAAGAUUGGAAGAUUGAGAAGAAGUUAGAUUGGGUUACAGAAAAAGUACAAGAUUGGAAGAUUGAAAAAGUGCAAGAAUGGCGCAAAGACAAGAAACUUGAGUGGAAGGUCGAAAAGAAGCUUAAUUACAAGACAGAUAAAGUUGAAGCCUGGAAGACAGAGAAGAAGCUUGAGUGGAAGGAAGAAUGGGUACAAAUAUGGAAACAAGUGAAGAAACAAAUUUGGGUGAAACAAAAGCAACAAAGUUGGCAUGAAGAGAAGGUUCAAACAUUUAGAAUAGAAAAGAAGCAAGAAUGGGCGACUGAGAAGAAGCUCGUGUGGAAGGAUACUGUGAAGGAAGAGAAAGUGCCUGCAUGGGUUGAGAAGCAUGUUCCAGUUUGGAAGAAGGUGUCAAAGCCUAUCUUCACCCUUGGCCUGCUGCAAGUUCACAUCGCUUUUGUUUCUUCAAAAGCUGUUGCAGAUCAACAGACGGCUGAGUCGCAGAAACCAGGAAAGAAACAAAUUUGGAAACCUGAUUGGAAGAAAAUUUACAAGCCAGUUUGGGUGCCUACAACAAUCCCAGUGUGGCGUGACAUUCAAGUCCCCGCAUGGAAGAAAGUUUGGAAACCUAAAUGGGUUGAAAUUCAAGUGCCAGCUUGGAAGGAAAUCAAGAUUCCAGAUUGGAAGAAAAUCUGGAAACCUGUGUGGGUGCCGUAUAAAAAAGAAGCUUGGAAAGAAAUUCAAGUACCAGCUUGGAAGAAAAUCUGGAAACCCAAAUGGAUUGAAAUAAAAGUGCCAGCUUGGAAGGAUAUUGAAGUUCCGGCUUGGAAGCAAUAUUGGGUUCCACAAUGGAUUAAGAAAGGAAUUCCUGGAGAGAAGUACUUGGGCAAAGAUCCUGAAGGAUGGGAGUACAGUUCACAUGAUUUAUGGAAGAAGAAGCUUGUUUGGAAGAGUGCAUGGAAGAAAAUUUGGGUUCCAUCUAAGAAACAAGUGUGGGUGCCGUCAAAGAAACUUACGUGGGUGGAAGAUUACAAACAGAUUUGGAAGACGGCACAGAAGCAAAUUUGGAUCGAUGAUAAGAAACUUGCAUGGAAGGAAGCCUGGAAACAGAUUUGGAUUCCUUCGAAAAAGCAAAUCUGGGUUCCAGAUAAGAAGUUGACUUGGGUUGAAGCUUGGCAACAGUACUGGAAGCCAAGUAAGAAACUCGAAUAUGUUCCUGACAAGAAGUUGACAUGGAAAGAAGAUUGGAAGCAAAUUUGGGUUCCUGACUAUAAAGACAUUUGGCUACCAGCAUGGAAAAAGAUUUGGAAGCCCGUCGUGAUUUCAGAAUGGUUCCCAACACCAGAUCAUCACGGUGAGCAUCCACACGAUAACCAUGGAAACAUUGUCCAAGGUUGGGAUCGAACAGAUUCAGCUAGUCAAUCUAAAGUAAUUUGGAAACGUGAUAAUUCAGAAUCAGCUGUCACAUCGGCUGCUGUGUUGCCAUCAACAAACUCACAAAUCUCAGAAAAAUUAGUCGCAUCAAGUUGAAAAAUCAUCGUGAAAAGCUAUCUCCAAAAAAAAGAAAGAAAAACAUUUUCACCCUCACAAACAUUUCCAUUACUCAUAAGAUUUAUGUUGAUCAUUAUGCUUUAAGUAGAUAAUAAUGAAAAUAAAAUUAUUUAAGUGUAUGUUGUUACAU